AUGACGAGCUUGCGCAACUUCCAGAAUGAAAUCGAUGAGAUACGACAAAAGGAGGUCGCAAGGCAGCGGACUCAUUCUAGUAAGGAGUACAGUAGGGAGAAGGAAAAUAUGGAUCCCGUUGUGAGCGAUGGAAGUAUGGAGAAGGCCAGAAGCUCUGGCUCUACCACAGAGGAUGAUCCUGAGAUUGAUGAGCGAUUACAGGUGUUAAUGCUGUCCGAAAAUGAUGAGGAUCAUGAACUGGCUCGGGAAAUCUUAGCAGAAUUGCUCACGAACCAGAAGGGCGAACACAUCCUCCGAUUGGGAGCAAGACCACAACGAUCACAACUAUUCUCUGGAAACGCAUCAACUAUUGCAGACGAUUGGACAGGAACUCCGCGAACGGAGGAUGACUUGGCGAAGUUAUGUGGCGAAGUUACGAGACUGGUAGAGGAGAUCGGCGGAAAGGUGUCUGUAUUGUAUCCGUACACGAGUUCGCAGCCUCGGACAGCAUUAUUACUGCGACUGCCUCCAGCAAGCGUAGCUGCUUUGGCUGAAGUCCGCUGUGCUGUUGUCGGGAAUGUCGAUAGUGGAAAGUCAACAACACUUGGUGUACUUACUAGAGGUGGACUAGACGAUGGACGAGGGCGAGCACGGGUUGGACUAUUUCGCCACAAACACGAGAUAGAAACAGGACGGACCUCAAGCGUUGGUAUGGAGAUAUUGGGCUUCUCAACUUCUGGAGAGCCUAUUCUUCCUAAGACUGCUUCAUCUACGGAUCAGGAUGUAAUACGUAGGGAGAAGCUCGGUUGGGACGAAAUUACUAUGCAGGCUGCAAAAGUAGUAUCUUUCAUUGAUCUUGCUGGUCACGAGAAAUAUUUGAAGACAACAUUAUACGGCCUGACAUCUGGAUCACCUUCCUGCGUAAUCCUCAUGGUUGGAGCUAACGCCGGGCUCAUAGGCAUGUCGAAGGAGCACCUUGCCAUCUCCCUUGCCCUUAAUGUUCCUGUAGUGGUUUGCAUUACUAAAAUUGAUAUGACUCCUCCGAACGUCCUCGCUGAGACAGUCAAGCAAGUCACGAAGAUACUCAAAAGUCCCGGAUGUCGCAAGACCCCAGUAUUCGUACAGUCACUAGAGACUGCUGUUGAAAUCUCUCAAGUCUUCGCAAAGCAAAGAUUAUGUCCUAUUUUCCAAGUUUCUAAUGUUACCGGAGCGGGCCUUGAUCUUGUUCGGACUUUCUUGAAUCUGCUUCCUUCCAGCGAAGGCGAUGGCGACAAGUUUGCUUCUGACCAGCCAUUAGAGUAUUCUAUUACCGAAAUUUGGUCUGUCCCAUAUGUUGGAACUGUAGUGAAUGGUAUCAUAAAUUCUGGCCGAGUGAAAGCUGGCGAUCAAGUCUACCUUGGACCUGAUGCAAAUGGGAAUUGGCAUGUCACUGCCAUUAAGAGCAUUCAACGCAAACGAGCACCUGUAACGUCUGCUGACGCGGGACAAUGUGUAUCGUUUGCUUUAAAGCGGAUGCGGCGACAAGCCGUGCGUAAGGGUAUGAUCAUUGCAGCGAAGAACGAUACUCCUCCCCGAGCUAUUCGUCAAUUCAAAGGACAAGUUUUAAUUCUAUACCACAAUACCACGUUACAAAAGGGUUAUCAGGCAAUGCUUCACUGCGGGGCUGUACGACAGACUGUAAAGAUUAUCGAUAUGGAUAAUCCGCAAGGUGUGCUUCGUACAGGCGAUCGCGCGUCAGUAACCUUCGAGUUCGUUUCCCAUCCCGAAUUUGUCAAGGAAGGCAUGAAGCUACUCUUCCGCGAAGGGAAGACCAAAGGCCUGGGUGUCAUAACGGAGCUUCUAUGAUCUAAAUAUUUCGACGAGGAAUCGAGGAUACAUCACGAUAUGCUAUUUUGAAGGCAAUUAAUGCGUGUAG